UGACUUUUCUACUUACACUAUGGAUAUCUGGAAGUCCGAAAUCCAGGGCCAUACAUAAGAAGAAAAAGAAGUAGAUAUGUAUCAAAAAAUUUAAGGACUGAAGACAAUUAUUUACUAUCAUAAGAAAAAGUACAUAUCCAUGUCAUUUUUUUUAUUUUAAUUAAAUAUAACAGUGCUAUUCAAUUAAAAUUCGUACGAAAAAUGUGAACAACAUAAAAUGGUACGCACACGAUCUUACAGUACUAAUAAAAAUAUCAAUAGUUGUUCUGCAAGUGUAAUAUGUGUAAUGAACAGAGAAGAGAACAAAUGAAUUAUUUUACGUUUGUUCGUAUUUUACAUAUAAACAUAAUAGUAACACACGAAAAAUCUCAGUAUCGUUAAAGCAAGGAUUUUUAUUGAUCAGUAUGAAUUAAGUGAUGGCACCUGCAAAAGACAUAUGGAUCAGACGUUUUAUAAUUACCGAAACAAAACGGCACAAGAAAGGUUUUACAGUCUACAAAGUUACUUCUAUGAUAUUUCUGAAAUCCUCUCACGAAGAGGUAUCGAAAGUGUCUGUAUGGAAACGUUACAAUGAUUUCAAGAAGCUUCACUCAGAGCUCAGUCACUUGCACAAACGUUUAGGAACAAAGGAGAGCUUUCCAAUUUUUCCCAAGUCGAAAUAUUUUGGCAGAUUUGAAGCUGAAGUUAUAGAGGAGAGGAAAAAAUAUGCUCUGAAAUUUUUGGAAUUUGUCGGACGAUAUUCAUACUUAUACUCUAGUGAUAUCUUCAUAACAUUCUUCGAUAGUCACGCAGAUAAUUAUACCAAUGAUUGUGCACAUUCCUUGAGUUCUGAUACGUCUGAAGACGACCGCAUUGUCGCUUUGAGUGAUUCCGUGCCUGUAAAUGAUAUUACAGUGCAAAAUACCUUUCAAGUUCCACUAAAAGCAUCUCAGAAUGUAUUGACAAGUUCAUGCUCCACUUUGUCAAGUGUUAUUUGCGCAAAUAAAAAUGAGUUUACAGUGUAUCGAAGAAAAAAUGAAUCUCAUGGCAGUAUUACACAAAAUGUUAAUGUUAAUAGAGAAGAGCAAGGCUGUAAGACAUCGAAAUUGCGUACGCAAGAUACCAUUACUAAACAUUACAAUGCUCAUCAGAACAAAAGUUUGGAUAAAAAUGAUGUAACGACAUUCAACGAUGUGUCAGGAUUUGAUAGUCUGAACAAUAAUAUCAAUAAACCUUUUUCAAAUUAUAAUACACAUUCUGUAAUAUUACAUAAGGAAGUAAAUGUUUCUCAGGCACAGCCAGAUUCUUCACAAUAUCUUUUGAUAGCCGCUGCUCAUAUGAGUGCAGCCUUCAAACAUGAAUCUAUAACGGAAUACGAGGAAGCUUUCACGCAAUAUAAAUUAGGAAUAUCAUGCCUAAUAAAAGGUGUACAGUUUGAUCCAGACAGUACAAGAGUACCAGCUAUAAAAGAUAAAAUAUCAAAGUAUUUAGAGCGGGCUGAACAACUGUAUAACCAGCACUUAAAUUGUAACAUCUCAAUAGUGAAUAAACCGAUAUCAGAACUGCAAUAUUAUAAAGUACUUAAAAUAAUGAAAUCCGUAAUGCUCGUAAUGGAUAUACGUACAAAUUGUAAUAAGAUAAUCAAGACUGUAGAAAAAUCUUGUAUUUACAAGGAUAAUAUAAGCAAUUAUGUGUUACACAAACAAGUACCUUAUAUGGUACAUCUGUACGCGUGUGUUGAAACGGAAACUACUGUAUUUUUAGUCCUUCAGUAUGCAAGUUGUGGAAGACUAUGGGAUUUCAUAAGACUACACUACAAGAUGUCUGAUAGUUCGUGUGAUAUAAUUUCAAAUUGUACGUAUACAAAUAGAGAUAACAAUGAAGAAGUCAAUAGCAUUGAAAAUACUCGUGGACCAAAUAAAGCAAAUCAAAUUAUAAAAAACAAUGAUGAACAGGGAGAUUAUCAAUGCACAACAGAUGUUCAAAAUGAAAUUUAUAUGGAAAUGCCUACUAUACAAUUAUUAGAAAAAUCACAAGAAUUAUUACAAUCUGUUAACGCGACAUUGAGGAAAAGUAAUUCCAUCGCAAAUCGAUUAAACGAGUACAAGGAAUUAAGGCAUUUAGAAAGUAUACCGCUGAAUGAGAGACCAGUCACACAGAUCUCUGAAGAAUCAUUUCUUGCGUUAUCUAAUGUUUAUUGUAAUAAGUCAUCAAAUAAUAUAAAGAUAAACGACAUUAUUGUUGUAGAGAAACCUUCGACAAAAAGUCUCGUAAAGAACAAAGAUCUGAAAGGCAAUAAUUCCUUAUUAACAAACAAUAAGGAAAAUCCAAAUAUGUCGAGAAAUAUUUAUUCGUCUGUAUUAAAUGGAAGUUGUUUGACUCGCAAUUUCUACAAAAAUAAUAAAAUGGAUAAUAUAUUAUGUAACAAUUCAAAUUCGAAUUCAAAGACACAAUUUCCAAUGCAAACUGUCUCGACCAAUAAUAUAGUACACAUCUGUGAGAAUAAUAAUACAGAAAGUAUGACCGAACAAAUAAAUUUAUCAAAUGUUAACUGCGGAAUUAAUGAAAUACAUUAUCAGUAUGAAGAGAAUAAUGUAGAUGAAGAACAAGAGUUUUGGCAAAUACCUGAAGCUAAGAUCCGAUUAUGGGCGGCUGAAAUUCUUUUAGCUUUAGAAGCACUUCAUCAGCAGAACAUUUUGAUUCUUGAUUUUAAACCUGAUAAUAUUCUUCUUGAUGAUACGGAACAUAUUCGGCUUACUUACACUAUACCGCAGCGCAAUAUUGAUUUAGCUAAACUAACGUAUCCAUAUUCGUCACCCGAAUCAGUAAUUUUCUCUCCGACUAUACUCGUUACAUCUGCUACAGACGUUUGGAGUUAUGGAGUUAUUUUGUAUGAACUACUUACUGGCACUAUGUUUAUCAGGACGCAUCCAGGAUCUUUUCAUUCACAUUCCACAAUUACCAUUCCUAGUAGAUUAUCGGAAAAUGCAAAUUCCUUGCUAUACGGUAUGCUGAAAUAUAAACCGGAAGAACGAUUAACAAUAGAGGAAAUAAAGCGUCAUCCAUUUUUUGCAGAAAUUGAUUGGUUAAAUAUAACCAAUCCCCAAACUUAAUGCUUUAUAUAUAUAUAUAUAUAUAUAUAUAUAUAUAUAUAUAUAUAUAUAUAUAUAUGCAGGGUGUCAGAAAACUAAAACUUAUGCUCUCGUGGGUUGAUAGAGUAAGUCAUACUGAGAAGAAAAGUCCUUUAUCAUUUUUCAUUAUUCGCAAUAGUUAUCGAAAUAAAAAUUAAUAAAGUUCGUCAAAUAAGCGCGUAUUUUCCCUACCCACCGCACGCAGAGACUGUCCGUCCGUUGCCAAACCACAGCCAGCCGCGACAGGCGGCGCUGUGAGGCGAGUAAGCCAUUGUUGCUUCUCCCUUCUCAUCGCGGUCGGGCGGUCUCUACGUGCGGUGGGUAGGAAAAAUACGCGCUCAUUUAACAAACUUUACUAAUUUUUAUUUCGAUAACUAUUGCGAAUAAUGAAAAAUGGUAAAGGACUUUUCUUUUCAGUAUGAUUUGUUCUAUCAGCCCACGAGAGCAUAAGUUUUAGUUUUCUGACACCCUAUAUAAUCAAGGAAUUAAUGAAUUUUGAUUUGUUAUAAUUCCAUAAAUAUUUUCAUAAGUAUUAUUAUUACAUAAUGGAGAUACAAAUCGAUCUUAUAGACAAAUAAAAAUGUAUCUCAAUAUAAACAGUAGUCACUUAAAUUAUGUAUAUAAUAUAAAAAUAUUAAUUUCAUCAUAAUAAUAAAACUUAUGUUACAUAAUUA